GUUUAUUAGUUUGUGCGAGGAGGCGAGUGAAGCAGGUGAGAGAGAGAGAGAAAAGAAGAGAGGGAGGGAGAAUCUGCGAUACUUUUCUUCACUUCAGCACACAGAGACACACACACGCGGUGUGGGAGGACGACAGGAUCGGAGCCUGGGCAAAGCCGCUGUUGUUCGCACGCUGUGCUCUUUUCCUCCCCCUGGCACCGCGCGCGCUCGCCAAGCCGCACUGUUUGGAGAUAGUCCGCGCGGAAAGUUUUUUUUGGGGGGAGCGUACUGUCUGGAGCCGAUUAAAUGUGGCAUCUGUUUUUUCUUCUUUUGCGAGGCGGAUGACUUAUUGUUUUUGCAUGUGAGGACUUUAAAGUCGAGCAGAGGAAUUGUCAAAGUCGUUUUUGCACAGAAUGGAAGGUAAAUUGACGAGUCGUUUGUGGCGAGGAUCACCGUGUGGAGCUUUCCGCAGGUAAAACGCGCAAUGACCUGAGCGUGUUAGUGGCUGGAUUUAGGCUAAUGUUCAGAGCACGAUUUCCCAUGUUUUCGGUUUGACACAGUCUAUCUAUAUUUUGGAACAAUUUAAUUUGGAUAGGGACUAUAAAGUAGGCCGCUUUGAAUUUGAAGUGAAUCAACAUCUGACGUUUCCGCCGCUGCCUCUUUGGCUUGCCGUAGAUAGUUUUAUUUGUUAAAGUUCACCGUAAAGUCACGCACUGAUUCAUUUCGGGGACUGAUCAUUUUCUUGCACAGCUUUUGGACAUUUUUUAACAUCCCACUGCUUCUUACAAGCCCUCUGAAGUGUUUGUGCGCACGGAGCGCAGUAACUGAUAGUUCACCAAACAUCAAACCUGAAGAACUUUCAGCUUUAAAGUUCUCACCCCAAACCAAGAACUUGCCCAGAAAAAUCCGGAUAAAUCGACUAAACUUGUCUGCACUGCAGCGGAAAGGGAAAUAUUAAUUCCACCUGGCCUGCACUGGGAUUAUUGGUCUGAUAUCGUCUGCAGAAAGUGGAUUACAACCUCUGACGGGCUGUGCUCCCUGAUCUACGGCAGUAUGAACCUUGGACUGGGCUGUGUGCGUCGACCGGUUAGCUGGCCCUUUGGCAGCGUGUUGGACUCCAGAAAUUGUGUAUUUGCGCUCACACUACUCACGCUCCUGAUGCAGGUGGUGGUGGAGGCCAACUCAUGGUGGUCUUUGGCCAUGAAUCCUUUACUGAUCCCAGAGGCCUACAUCAUCGGUGCCCAGCCUCUGUGCAGCCAGCUGGUGGGCCUGUCUCAGGGCCAAAAGAAGCUGUGCCAGCUCUACCAAGACCACAUGCAGUACAUUGGUGAGGGUGCCAAGACCGGCAUCAGAGAGUGCCAGUACCAGUUCAGACAUCGGCGCUGGAACUGCAGCACGGUGGACAACUCCUCUGUGUUUGGACGGGUCAUGCAAAUAGGCAGUCGAGAAACGGCGUUCACUUAUGCCAUCAGCGCAGCAGGGGUUGUAAACGCGGUGAGCCGUGCUUGCAGAGAGGGGGAGCUCUCCAGCUGUGGGUGCAGCCGUGCAGCUCGCCCAAAAGACCUGCCGAGAGAUUGGCUGUGGGGCGGCUGCGGAGACAACCUCAACUACGGCUACAGGUUCUCCAAGGAGUUUGUUGACGCACGGGAGAGGGAGAAGAGCUAUCCAAAGGGCUCGUACGAGAGCGCAAGGCUGCUGAUGAAUCUUCACAAUAACGAGGCAGGAAGGAGGACUGUGUCCGACCUUGCCCACGUGUCCUGCAAGUGCCACGGGGUGUCAGGCUCCUGUAGCUUGAAGACCUGUUGGCUACAGCUGGCAGACUUCCGCAAAGUGGGUGAAACGUUGAAGGAAAAGUACGACAGCGCUGCCGCCAUGAAGCUCAACACACGUGGGAAGAUGGUGCAGAUGCACAGCAAGUUCAACGCCCCCACCAGCCACGACCUGGUGUACAUCGAGUCCAGUCCAGACUACUGCCUGAAGAACCAAAGCACGGGCUCCCUGGGCACUGUGGGACGCCUUUGCAACAAGACCUCGGAGGGUAUGGAUGGGUGCGAGCUGAUGUGCUGCGGCCGCGGCUACGACCAGUACAAGGCCCAGAUAGUGGAGCGCUGCCAUUGCAAGUUCCACUGGUGCUGCUACGUCAAGUGCAAACGCUGCACCAAAAUCGUAGACCAAUUCGUUUGCAAGUGAGGAGAGGAGUGUUGCCUGUGUGUGUUUGUUUGCAGAUGAUGGGCAUACAUCUGUGUGUAUCCACGAGCAGCGGAGAAAAAGGAGUUGAAAACAGAGAGAAUGGAAGAAAGAAACUAUAUAAAUUAUAUUUAUAGAGUUAAAACAAUUAUGCCAUUGCAAAAAGACUCUUUUUCUUUAAAAAAAUGUUUGUGUGUUCAGAAACUGAGAGUAUCGUGAAAUAUUUAUUUUGAGAUUGUUAUGUUCUAUUUUGGCCCAAACAUCACCAGCCAAUUUUAACCCCCCCCCUUCAAGUGCCUUAAACGGGCUGGAAAUCGUCCCUCAUCCUCCACCCUUUUUUAACUCCAAAAAAAUACCAAUUUUCUUGUCAAAUGGGUCAUACUGAUUGCGAAAUUGGACUGUGCGCCCCAUUUUGUUUGAUUAUGUGGCAAAGUUGACCAAGAGGUCUUGGAUUGUUGUCUGAGAAUGACUGUGUUGAGAGGCCUGUGUACUGUGGUGUAUGAAUGUUUUUUUACAAAGGCCCGCUCCCAAACCAGCCCUGACAUCCUCACUGAACUCUGCUUGUCCCCACACCGCACGUAGAAAAAAGGACAACUGUUCUAUGGUACGAGUCCUUGGAGUACAAUGGGUACAAUAUACUGGCUGUUUUGGGGUUUGGAGCAUUUAUUAAGCUGUCCCAGAAGCCUUAGAGUCCCCCAGGUGCUGCAACAAGCCCUCAACCAUUAUGCACUUUGAUACAGAGGCUUAAACCUGUCUGUAUGUGUCUGUUCAGCUGUUUUUUUUACUACAGUUCAUCAGAUACUAUAUCUUAACUAUAGCCUAAAUUCUUUCAAUUUUUUUAUUCAGAUUAUCCAUUUUAACUUUAUUUUACAAUACAUAACAUGGUUUGAAUAUAUGGGCAAUGUUGUGGUUACCGUGGUGAAUAUUUCAUGUUCCGUGUAUAUACUAUGUCUAUCAACCAAUCAGUAAACUGUAUUUAGUUUCUUAUACAGAUCUUUAACAGAAUGGCAUCAUCUCUACCAUAGAUCCAUAUUUAGUCGGAUAUCUCAAAGUUUUCAAAUCACUUUUUUAAAAAUGGUGUUCUCACUCAUGCGGCUCUUCACGGUUUUUCUAAAGGGAAAUGCACCUUAUUGUUUGGAAACACAGGUUCCUUCUUCUCACUCUUGUUCAUCUUUACUGUUACACACAUGUAUUCUUAUAUAUAAAAGUAUCACAGAUAUUCAGAUUUGAUCAUCAUCACAGAUUUCCAGUACCACUCAGUUGACUGCUCACUAUCCCUGUGAUUAAUAGACAGACUAUUCCUACCAAUCCAUAUAUGUAUAUUUAUAAGCUUCUCAAUGAACUUUGAGCUUUGUUAAUGUGUUAUAGCGGAUAUUUUGUUACUUUUUACAAACUGGCUCAGUGCUCUACUUUGUUUCAAUAAAUAUCAAUUGUAAAACCA